GAAAGAGAGACGACGACGACGAAGGAAAGCGAAUGAACCAACCGAGGAAGAAGAGAUAUUUAUAAAAAGCUUUCUCUAUCUUUCUGUUAGCUUUCACUUCUUGUCUGAAAAACACAGACUUUGAGAGCUGAGAGUGAGUUAUGAGAGAUCUGCGGAAAUCUUCUCCCUUCAUUUCAGGACUCUCUCUUCUUAUCCUAAUCUCUACUUGAAAACUUUAAUCUCCAGUUUCUCCCAGAAAUUUCAACUCUUAUUCUCCUCCGCAAGUAAAAACAAGCAUCGACACUGCAUGUGAGGCCUUUGGUUACAUCUCUGUUAGUGUAAUAGUAAUUAUGAAGAACGGGAAGCAAACUUCGCAACCCGAAAAGGGUUAUUCUAGGAUCUUGUCACUGACCGUCCUGUUCAUCGGAUUAUGUGGUUUCUCCUUUUAUCUCGGUGGUAUAUUUUGCUCUGAGAGAGACAAGAUCGAAGCCAAAGAUGUCACAAGUACCACCACAAAGGCUGUAGCUUCCCCUAAGGAACUUACGGUAUCACCUAUGCAAGUAAAAUCCGUCUCAUUCCCUGAAUGUGGAUCAGGGUUCCAAGAUUACACUCCGUGUACCGAUCCAAAGAGAUGGAAGAGGUACGGUGUCCAUCGUCUAAGUUUCUUGGAGCGUCAUUGUCCACCGGUUUACGAAAAGAACGAGUGUUUAAUUCCACCACCAGAUGGAUACAAACCGCCUAUAAGAUGGCCUAAGAGCAGAGACCAGUGUUGGUACAAGAACGUGCCUUAUGAUUGGAUCAACAAGCAAAAAUCAAACCAGCAUUGGCUUAAGAAAGAAGGUGACAAGUUCCAUUUCCCUGGUGGUGGUACGAUGUUUCCUCGUGGAGUUAGUCACUACGUUGAUCAGAUGCAAGAUCUGAUUCCAGGAAUGAAAGAUGGAACAGUCAGGACCGCCAUUGAUACUGGCUGUGGGGUUGCUAGCUGGGGAGGCGAUCUUUUGGACCGUGGGAUUCUAUCACUCUCUCUUGCUCCAAGAGAUAACCAUGAAGCUCAGGUUCAGUUUGCUCUUGAACGUGGAAUCCCUGCGAUUCUUGGGAUUAUCUCUACACAACGUCUCCCUUUCCCUUCAAAUGCUUUUGACAUGGCUCACUGCUCAAGAUGUCUUAUUCCCUGGACAGAAUUUGGUGGAAUCUAUUUGCUUGAGAUUCACCGUAUAGUCCGACCAGGAGGUUUCUGGGUACUUUCUGGUCCACCGGUGAACUACAAGAGACGGUGGCGAGGAUGGAACACGACAAUGGAAGAACAGAAAUCCGACUACGACAAGCUUCAGUCACUUCUAACCUCCAUGUGCUUCAAGAAGUACGCACAAAAAGACGACAUAGCCGUGUGGCAGAAACUCUCAGACAAAUCUUGCUACGACAAAAUCGCAAAGAACAUGGAAGCUAACCCUCCCAAAUGUGACGACAGCAUAGAGCCAGACUCGGCUUGGUACACUCCUCUCCGUCCCUGCGUGGUCGCACCUACGGUUAAAGUCAAGAACUCCGGUCUCGGGUCGAUCCCGAAAUGGCCAGAGAGGCUAAACGUGGCUCCGGAGAGAAUCUCUGACGUUCACGGAGGCAGCGCGAGCGGUUUGAAACACGAUGAUGGGAAGUGGAAGAACAGAGUUAAGCAUUACAAGAAAGUCUUGCCUGCUCUUGGCACGGAUAAGAUAAGGAACGUUAUGGAUAUGAACACGGUUUAUGGUGGUUUGGCUGCUUCUCUCGUCAAGGAUCCUGUUUGGGUCAUGAACGUUGUCUCGUCUUACGUUGCAAACACGCUUCCUGUUGUCUUUGAUCGUGGUCUCAUCGGGACGUACCACGACUGGUGUGAAGCUUUCUCGACAUAUCCAAGAACUUAUGAUCUUCUUCACCUAGACAGUCUUUUUACCCUUGAGAGCCAGAGGUGUGAGAUGAAGUAUGUUCUGCUGGAGAUGGACAGGAUCUUGCGUCCGAGUGGAUAUGUUAUAAUCCGAGAAUCGAGUUAUUUCAUGGACGCAAUCACGACGUUGGCGAAGGGGAUGAGGUGGAGUUGCCGGAGAGAAGAGACAGAGUAUGCCGUUGAAAGCGAGAAGAUUCUGGUCUGCCAGAAAAAGCUCUGGUUUUCUUCUAACCAAACCUCUUGAUUAGAAGGCACUGUACCGAUGUUAAACCGAUGAUAUGGAUAAUCAUAGUGCUUCUCAUCUCCUAUGGUGUACUCUUUGGGGGUGUUUACAGAGACAAAAGAGAUCUGGUUCUAUGAAAUCCACGAUAUAUAGCUAUAAACAACAAUUUCUUCUCUUUAA